AUGGCUCCACUCUACAUUCAAGGUAAAGACCUGGGGAUAUCUACAUACAAAAAGGCAAUAAGAUUAAGACUGGUUCGUACCUAUAAUGUACCAGAAGGGAGAAAUUCAGAAGCAAUCAAAAGCCAAGAAUGUUUCAUGACAGGCACAUAUGUUCAUGGGAAUAUUCCAAAAGAUUGUGUCGAACAGUUUUCUAAACUGUUGAAAGAAGGCAAGGUUUAUGCUAUAAAGGAUUUUGCAGUAAUCUCACACUACUAUCAGUACAAAACCACUGAUCACACAUACAUGAUUAGAUUCACUCAUGAAACUCAUGUAGAGAGACAUAGGCGAAAGGGUUUUCCCAACCUCAUGUUUCGGAUUAAGUCUUUUUCGGACUUAAUGUCUGAUGUCAUUGGAAUAGUUGUGGAGUUCUACAGUCCAAAACAAAUCACCAUAGCUGGAUUUCCUUCCAAACUUCUCGAUUUUCUUAUUGAAGAUGGCCAGGGAUGUCGUAUUAAGUGCACAGUGUGGGAUCACCAUGUGGAUACUGUCAUGGAUUAUUUCAAGAACCAUGUUGAAGGUCCUUUGAUUAUUUUGCUCCAACUUUGUCGAGCAAAACAAUUGGACAGUAAGUGCAGUAUAUUUUUAUUUUUCAUAUAUACUUUGAUUCUUUUUGCUGUUUUUAAGCUAGCCUUUUCCUAUUUUGUAGAUGAAGUCAGAAUUUCAAGUUCCUACAAUGCUACACAACUAUGGUUCAAUCAUGAUUGCAAGGAAUUUAAGGAGUUCAAAGAUAGUUUGAAGGUUGCUCACAGCCCACCAAGAAGCAUACAGAGUUUGUCUGUGAUGUCUUAUGUCAAUAGUGCAGAAAAUUCUAAGUCUCCAAUGGUAGUUACCACUAUCAAGGAUCUUUAUGAAAGAGCAGAGGAAGGAUACUAUUGGGUACCUGCAAGGAUUGUGUCCGUUGAGAGUACUAGGAAUUGGUAUUACCAUUCCUGUAGAGCUGAUGGCUGCUUUAAGAAGCUUCACAUGAAGGAUGGAAGUCUUCUAUGUCAAACAUGUCGUGCAAAGUGGCAAGAGGGUACCUUAAGAUACAAGCUGGUUGUUAGGGUAGGUGAUAAGACAACUGAUGCUCCAUUCCUCUUAUGGGACAAGGAGGGCUGUGAAAUAGUUGGGACGACUGCCUUUGAUCUCCGGACCAAAUACUCAAUGAUGGCUCUCCACUACCAACUGGUAUGGAAGAGGUUCGUAACAAAGCAAUGGUGUUUAAGGUUUCUGCUAAAGCCGAUCAUUUCAAGAACCGAGCCAUGGCUAUACCAGUUGUCGGGAUAACCUAUGAUGCAGAAUUAGUUCACCAUUACUGUCCAUCUUUGAGUGAUGAUCAGGACCACCUAUCCAUCAUGCUUGAUGAAGAUGACCAAGAUGGACAGUCUGAAGAAUCUGAAUCUGGAGAUGAGGCCAGUAGCCCAAAUGUGACUCAAACUAAGAAGCAAAGGACUGCUGAAAAUAAUCAAGCACUGGAAGGAGCAGAAACUAAAAGAAAUCUGAUCGAUCAAUUCUCCUCAACUAAAGAUGUUAAGAAAUCAAAGCCUGUUGUCGUCAAACUGGAGAAGAAUUGAAAGGGAAAGACCUUAAUUGCUAAGUCUCUGUUUUAAGGGUUUAAUGCUGGACAAUUUGCACUGCAUAGUGCUUUAGUUGUUUGGAUUUGAUGUAUUUUCUAAACCUUUUUUGAUAAUAUGUACUGUGAAGUACAUAUUAUAUGUUUUGGAUCAUUUUAGAACCUAAUCAUUUGCUUUAAA